CCAUCACCAAAGUUAAAUAAUCCAUUUUCGUGCUAGGUCUUACAAAUAUGCUAUUUCACUUUCAUAGUUACAUGAAUGUUGCAUGAUCAAGAGAUUGGAACCUUAUUUGAAAGUUGAAGGUUCAUCUCCUCUAUAAACACCAUUCUCUUAAGAUACCAAAAAAUCUCCUAUUUAUCUUUGUUCCAAAUAGAUAAAGAACCCACCAUGGCCUAAAGACAUGAAUAUAGAGUACCUUUGAUUCAAUAGAUUCUUAUGUUUGAGCUAGUGACACCCUCUCACCCUCACAUUUAACUCACAAUCACAAAGUGCUUCUCUAUUGUCCCUUUCACACUUUUUUAUUCAUUUCCAAGUCAGUCUUCCACGUGCUUCACUCAAUAACACCCUUUCCCCUUUCACACUAAUUCUCAUUCUCACAUUCUAACUUUCUUCAACACCCUUUUCUUCUUCCAUUCCUCUCUCUCUUUCAUCAAAAUCAAUUCUUUCAAACAAAACACAAGCCUAAUCAUUCACUCACUCAUUAAUUCAUUCAUUCCAAUUCCAUUGAAUCAACAUGGAAGCAAUGAAUAGAGAAGAAGUUAUAAUAAAUGAUGGAACAAUGCAGCAAUAUUGCAUUAAUCAUCCUCACAGAAAAAACCCUGCUGGUAUAUGUGCUUUUUGUCUUCAAGAAAAACUUGGUAAACUUGUUUCUUCUUCUUCUUCUUCUUCUUUUCCUUCUUCUUCUUCUUCCUCUUUCUCUUCUCCUCCUUCUUCUUCACCUUCUUUCAGAUUCAACACUCUUCAAACUUCAUCUUCUUCCUCUUCUUCUCUUAAUUCCCUCUCUCUUCCUCCAACUUCUUCUUCUUCUUCUUCUACUACAAAACGUGACCAUCACAUUCGUUCUCGAAUCCCUUUUCUCUUACCAAACAAAAAGAAACCAUCUUCACAUUCUUCUUCUGCAAAUGUUACUUCUUCUGACUCUGUUUUCAAGCGUAGCAAAUCCACAACAACACCCAGAAGAACAAAGUUUCUUGAUAACGACGAUGCAGAAAAUGGUGAUUUUGCUUUUAGAAAAAGAAACAGUUUUUGGUCUUUUCUCUAUCUUUCUUCUAGACCCUCUAGUUCAUGCAGCAAGAAAAUGGAAGUUAAGAGCUUUAAGGAAAGUAACAGUAGUCCAAGGAUUUCAACUGUGAAGCCAAAGUUUUGUUCUUCUACUUUAGGCAGAAACUGUGAAAUGGUAGUUGAAGAAGAAAAUGAAGAAGAGGAAGAGGAAGAAGAAGAAGAAGUUUCUGGUUCAAGUUCUGGUUCUGGUUCAUUGGAACAAAGAAAAGUUUCAAGAUCUAGAUCUGUUGGAUGUGGUAGCAGAAGCUUCUCUGGUGAUUUAUUUGAGAAAAUCUCAACUGGGUUUGGAGAUUGUAGUUUAAGAAGAGUUGAAUCUCAACGUGAAGGUAAGGCUAAUAAGGUAAUUUCGUCUUCGGUUGGUGGUGGAAUAUUUGGUGGGUUUAUGAUGAUGAGUUCAUCUUCUUCUUAUUGGGUAUCUUCUGGUGAUGAUGGAGAAAAUUCUCAUGGAAGGAGUAGGAGUAGUUGGAGUUGGGCACUUGCUAGUCCUAUGAGAGCUUUUACCAACAAAACCACUUCUAAAAGAGAUGCUAAUUCUCAGAACAACAAUGCACCUAAUUUGUCAGCUGUCCCUUCAUUGCUUACUAUUAAAGGAUAAAAAAUCAUUUCAUACUUUUACUGCAUAUUUGAUUUCAUGACAAUUUUUUUGCAAAAUCACAUUUUCAUGUGAUUUUGUUGAUUCAUGCAUGUUUGUUAUGUAAUGAAAUUGAUAAAAUUACUGUGAACCACUGUGAUUUUGUCAAAAUCUACUACAAAACCAAACAUGGACUAAGUUGUGAAGUGUAACUUUUUUAAAAAUAUAUUUUAAUUUACUUAGCAAGUGUUUGGAUUGAAUAUGAGAUUGACAAAAUUUUAAUCUUUUGGAUGGAUCAUAAUUUUCUUUCAUUAGUAAUGUAAUAAUAGUGUAAUAGUUUUAAUUUCCUUUACCAAUUGUUUCUUUUUGGAAAGUUGUUAUGGAACCCUUUAUGCCAUUGUAUGUAGUGUUUGUAGAGAGGAAAAUUGAGGAAGAAAGUCUCAUUAAAUUGACUGUAUCACCAUAUAUCAUAUGAGAUUUUUGUUUUAUUCUUUGUAGCUUCCAUUAUUUGUAAUAUUCAAAAUAAGUUAUAUGGCAAAGAGAUGUAAUUUUAUUUUA